GUGGAUUUUCAGCGUUGUAUAAAUUGGAAAAUAAACUUAAACGCGCGCGUGGGGGAGUGUACGGGCGUAUGCCGCAUGAUCCGUUUGAAUAGCUUUCCAGACUUUAUCCGUCGUUCUCGUGAGCUUGAAAACACCAGAUACAGUUCACAUCAUCAGCUCUUCAGGUUUUAGGAGAGAACGCGUCUAUUAGAAUCCGCUCACCCCGCGGCUCGCUUGAGAUGGUUCAGUCCAGCUGCGAGGGUCCAGUCUCCAUGCACUGGGAUUUUUCUCAGCGCCGACACCAAGUGAAUCUUCCUUUUAAAACCAUCUGAUAACCGUGCCUGCCAAAAAAAAAAAAAAAAAAAAGCCCACCAUGAGCGCCUCUUUGAAUCCUGACAGAACGGGACUCGUGAGGACAGAGUGCAGAUGUACAUAUAACGGGACGAGGAAACUGGAUGGUAUAAGGAUUUUUGCGCUAAUGAAGGUGGGAGUACAGGCGCAUCACUGGAGCGGGGUGCUGUUCUUCUAUAUGGGGCUGCUGGCUGCAUCGGUUAAGGCUCAAAACUGCAGUCACACACUACACAGUCCAAAUGGGACAAUAGAAAGCCCCGGAUACCCGUAUGGAUAUCCCAACUACGCCAACUGCACAUGGGUGAUUGUGGCACAGGAACACAACCGGAUACAGUUGGUGUUUCAAGGCUUUGCCUUAGAGGAGGACUUUGACAUCCUUUCAGUCUACGAUGGGCAACCCAGUCCAGCAAACUUACGGACACGAUUCAAGGACAGCUUCCUGCACAGCCCCACGUUUCCAUGGUGUUCUAUGAAUGUUAAGCUCGUUCAGCAUGGGCGGUUUAGCCUGCCAGUGUAUUAUUAGUGUCAGCUGAACUCCACG